AUGUCUGGAGGAGAGCAUGAAAGUGUGGCUGGGAGAGAGGAAGGUGAAAGUAUGAAAGUGAGUGAGAGUGCAGGUGUCAGUGUGAAUGUUGGUGGAGAGAGGAGGAGGAGGCGCCCUUAUCAGGGCGACUUUAGCAGUGGCACUGGCAGUGGCACCACUAGUAGACAACAUGGACUUGGGUGGUCAGUGUCCCCAUCACCAAGUUCGGAAAGUGGAGGGGAGGAGUCGGCACCUGUUGCCAAAAAGAAUCGGGGCCCCAGGUUCACCACAGAUGAAAAUCUAGCUCUGGUGGCGGCUGUCACCAGACAUAAAGCCACACUGUUCACCACCACCGUGGGCAGUGAGGAGAAAUUUGCGGGCGGGAAGCGGGUCAGAGACGCUGUGGUCCAUGUUGGAGCAAAGGACCGAUCAGUCGAAUGUAUCCGCAAAAGAUAUUAUGACUGUAAAGCAACCGUCCUGCGUAAAAUAAAAAAACCAAGGAAUUCAGGAAGUGGGAGCAGGAGUUCCGGAACCAUCUCCUGCCAGAGGGUUGGAGUGAGACAGUAUAUAUAUACUGUCUAUAUAUACAGCCAAGCCAUCAGGUACCACCGCAUCUGCUCCAACCCUGAUGACAGAGACACACAUCUACAAACGCUAGCUGAGAAAUUUAAACAAAAAGGUUACAAACCAAGGACCAUCCAUAAGAAAAUCCACUCUGCUCUUCAAACACCACGUGAACACCUGCUGCAAUACAGAGAGAAACAAACCUCAUCACGCAUACCACUGGUAGCCACAUACAAUCCCACCCUUGAGGAAAUACGCAAAAUCAUCAAGGACCUGCAGCCAAUACUAGCAGAAGAUGAGGUGUUAAAGCAAAUCUUUCCUGAACCACCCAUCUUGGCCUUCAGACAACCACCCAACUUAAAACAAAAGCUGGUCAAUAGGAAACUACCCACAGAAACAUCAGAUACAGACAAUGGGACCAAACCCUGCGCCAAACCGCGCUGUAAACUCUGUCAACACAUCUGCACAAAUUCUGAGGCCUCCCACAACAACAAGACAUACAACAUCAAGGGACAAUACUCCUGCACCACAGAGAAUGUAGUCUACAUGAUACAAUGCACCAAGUGUGACCUGGGAUGUUACAUUGGUGAGACCAGUCAGCCACUCAAUAAAAGGAUGGACCUCCACAGAUCGUCCAUCAACAACCAUAGAGAAAAGGACUAUUGCACCCCAGUUGGACACCACUUCACUCAAACAGGUCACUCCCUACAGGACCUCAAAAUCAAGAUCCUGAAAGGAAACUUCAAGAACACCCAGGAAAGAAAGACAUUUGAAGCCAAAAUGAUAGUUCUUUAUGACUCCAAGAACAGAGGACUUAAUGUGGAUUUAAGCUUCUUAUCCCAUUAUCAAAAUUUCCUAUAACCUUUGCUAAACUCUCUACCCUCUCCCUGCUCUAACACCAUUACACCCCUGCUCCCCCUCCCCUG